AUGUCUUCCAAGGACAAACCCGUGAAUGACUUGGAAAAUUGGCUCCCCCUCGGAGAGGUUGGUCUUGUUGGGAUUUCGCCGGUGUUCAAGAAAAAACCUUUUAGUGUUCUUCAUCGAAAGCAAUUAAAGGACAAGAGAAUCGUCCUCAAUGUGAGCGGGAGGAAGUUUGAAACUUGGGACUAUACUCUAAAGAAAUACCCCACAACUUUAUUAGGAAGCAGUGACCGAGAAUCGUUUUAUGAUUCCCAACGAAAAGAAUACUUCUUUGAGCGGGAUCCUGGCUUUUUUCGUCACAUUUUGAACUAUUAUCGUUAUGGUAAACUUCAUUUUUCUUUGGAAGAAUGCGGCGAGUUUUACGAAGACGAGCUUGAGUUUUUUCGCAUUCCAACUGACGCUUUGGGUUUAUGUUGUCUGGAGGAAUACCACGACGCGAAUUCUGCUGUGUGUCGAAGAGAUGUACACCCAGAAGGUGAAGUGAUUCAUCAUGAGUGUGUUCCUCAGCGUAGAACAUUUAGACAGCGUCUCUGGUUGUUAUUUGAAAACCCGCAAUCAUCAACGACAGCUAAAGUUGUGUACUACAUAAUCGGAAUCGCCAUUGUUGUAAGCAUCGUUACAACCAUAACUGAGACGAUACCCUGCGGUGGAAGAACAUGCGGCGAAGAAUAUAAGCAGGCUUUUCAAUACGUGGACGGCACUUGUGUUGUGGUCUUAACGCUGGAGUAUUUAAUUCGUUUGUUCGCUGCACCUCACAGGUGCAAAUUUGUAAAAGAAUUUCAAAGUAUCGUUGAUCUUGCAGCGGUUAUUCCAUUCUACCUCGACAUUGGGUUAAAAAGCGCCGGUGAUUUUGACGCGUUAACGAUUCUACGCGUCUUCCGUGUAUUUCGUGUUUUUAAAAUGUCUCGACAUUCCACGAGACUUCAAGCUCUGGGUUCAUCAAUAAAGAACUCUUCCUCCGAGCUAGGAUUUAUUCUAUUUUCGUUUGGACUGGGUGUUAUUAUUUUUGCCACCGCUGUGUAUUAUGCUGAGAAAGAAGUCAAGGGCACAACUUUCUCCAGCAUCCCGGACAGUAUGUGGUAUGCUAUUGUUACUAUGACUACGACAGGCUACGGUGACAUGUCACCGGAGACGGCAAUUGGUCAGAUCAUGGGAAGCGUGUGUUGUCUAGUGGGUACUUUGGUGAUUGCGUUACCUGUGCCAAUCUUGGAGAUGAAAAUGAAACUGGUACAAAAGAAACCUGCAGAUGAAGAAAACAACGAAGAACAAAAUAGUGGACAAGACCGAGAGGCGUAACUGAGUCCAUGGUUGCUUACCAUCCCAAAAGUGCGAUCUUAUUUUCGCACUCGUUUUUACCCUCUGUCGAAAAAACUCUGGCUUGGAAUCGUCUUCGUAUGCAGAUGUUCCGCAAUAUUGCCACUCGUGCUGUUGAGACGGGGAGUGGGAGAGGGGCAGAGGGAGACGCGGGUAAACCGAGACGUGUUACAUGUGGAUUAGAGUUUGCUGGAGAACCGUUUGACGAUAUAUGAAAAUUAUGAAAACAGAGAUAGAUAGUAAAAGUUAUUUUCUUUAAUAACCCGACUCGAUAAACUGGCUGCACCAUGUAACUCAUUUAUUCUGUGCUAGUUUGUAACGCUUUUAUACUCAAAAACUAUUAAUGGAAGUGGAGGUAGCUAGUGGUGGAUGUUAAGCGAGCCAUGAAUCGGCCAGAUAAAUAUUGAACCAUAACACCGCACAUUCAUAAUGAUAGAGAUCGACAUUUAUAAAAGAUAGUUAUGGCAGAGAGGAACAUGUACUACUGACGUGUUUGUGUAUGUGCGUGUUUGUGUUUGUGUAUGUUUGUGUAUGUGCACUUUUGUCUAGAAGCUUUCAAUUUUCUGUCAUUCUUAAAUGUAAGAUCCUCGAUGCAAGCCAGUGCGAUCGUUUCUUACCAAAUGAAAUUUGGCAGCUCACACUGACGUAUAUCACCAUGGACAACAAUAGCUAUAGAGGAGUGUUUAUAUUGUUACUGUACCAAUCCAUAUAUGUUAUUC